AUGAAUACUUCUCAGGAUUUCCUACAAAAUUUCAAUCUCGAUUUUUACAACUUGAGACAAGACAACAUGUGGUCAGGAUGAGAUAGAGAUUUUAAUAAUAAAAAAGAUAUGAACAGUUUAAGCAUAUUCCAAGAGCUUGAUUGUAGCUCAUUCCUUCCAGAAGCUUUUGAAAUUGAACUUGAGAAGCAUUCUGAUAAAGAAAGAAGUUCUCAAAUUGGCCAAGAUCAUGACUGCAUUAGCCCAUUAGAUCCUUAUGCUGAUGAAGAUAACUUGCUGUUUGAGUAUAAGGAUACUCAGGAGUGAACUUCAUCUUCAAAAAUUAAUUCUAAAAGCUGCAAAUUUGCUGAUCCUCCUGCUCUUUCACCACCAACUGACUCUGAAAAUAAAAGCAGUCCUCCAGUUGGAAACACAAGGUGGGGAAAACAAGACGACAAACGUCUCUUUAAAAUCCUCAGAGAAAUGGAGGUCCAGCAUGAACUAUCUGUUUCUGAAAUCUUGGUUGGCAACAACUCUUUUCAGAAUGAAUCUGAAAUCACUCUGGAAGAUCUCUGUGAAAAGGUCGGCUGGAUCUCAAAGCCGAAGAAGCUGCUUGCCAGAAUCAGAACAUUCUGGGACAAAGACUUCUCUUUUAGAGAAGUUAAGGUGUUGAAGAAGAUUCUUAGGAAAGAGUUCAAUUAUCAAAAUAUUGACCUCGAGCGUGUAAAUACAUAUUUCCCAGCAAAGAGUCUGGCCAAAGUUGCAAAUAAGGUUGAAGAACUUUGUCAGAGGUUUACUCAGAGGAGACUAAGUUGAUAUUAA